CAAGCUUGGACGUCCAGCUAGAAAUUUGUUCGCUGAAAUUUUAAUUUCUUAUUUAAAAUCUGUGCCGUGAACUGCUCCAAUGGACUGUCCGGAGGAGAAAGACGAUGAUGCGAAGGCACCCUCGGUUAUAGACCGGUAUUAUACACGCUGGUACAGAGCCGAUAUGAAGGGGAAACCAUGUGAGGACCACUGUAUCCUGCAGCAUUCUAAUAGAAUCUGUGUUGUCACUUUAGCGGAGACCCAUCCAAUCCUUCAGAAUGGGCGAGCGAUCAAAAGUAUCAAUUAUCAGAUCAGUAAUGGCUGCAGUCGGCUGAAUAAUAAAGUUUCUGGGAAGUCCAAGCGGGGGGGACAGUUUCUCACUGAUUUUGCCCCUUUGUGUAGAAUAACAUGCACAGAUGACACAGAGUUCACAAUCUAUAGUUGUAUCCGAGGUCGUCUCCUGGAAGUCAAUGAGAAUAUUUUAGAAAAUCCUAAUCUGCUACUGGAGAAGCCAUCCACUGAGGGAUACAUCGCUGUCAUCCUGCCCAAGUUUGAGGAGAGCAAGAGCAUAACCGAAAGCCUUCUGAGCAGAGAGCAGUUUGAGAGCAUCGUCUCCAAACGCGGCGCUGCCCAGCCUCAGCCCUCCUGACACAACUCCACGCAGACGCCGUCUCCAAGAUGCUCUGGACUUUUCUGGAAGAAUAUUUUCCACUUGUUCUUACCAAAUCCAUUGAAGACUGGAAACAAAUAUGGAUAUAUGUGGCUGUCGGAAUAUAUAAUUAGCACUUUUAGUUUUGUAUUCAGCACUAUCAUUUUGCAGUAAUAAGGUCCAGGUUACAGUCUUGACUCGGGCCUGUUACUGUGUCCAUGUUAAAGGGCAAAGUCUGUUAGUUGGAGUUUGUUUUAACUUUAUUUGUAACUUGAGAGUUUGGCUGACAGUGUUCUCAGCAGGGGAAAAGCCCAACUGCUGUCACCAGGAAGACAGCCACUUGUGUAUAGACAUUUCUGUAAAUAACAUUGGUCCUUCUAGUUUUUUUUUUUUUUUUUUUUUAUGAAGGAUGGAGAAAUACAGUACUGUUUGGUUAGUUUGUCAUAUCAUGUAAAUAAACCACUUGAACAAAAGAAU